UCACUAAAAUUAGUUAAAAAAUAAAAAUCGAGAGCGCUCAAAGAUCUCGCUCUGACUCGGCUCUAAAAUCGAGAGCGCUCAAAGAUUGCAACCAAGCAUUGGAAAUCGAGCCUACCGAUUACAAAUUUUUGCUCAGCAAAGGCAGGAUCUUAUUCGCCUUAAAAACGUACUCCACCGCUUUACACUAAUAUUAGUUCAUCGAAAACAAACCUCUUCCCAAGCUCGGCGGUUGAAGGCAAGCUGGGACUUGGGAGCACAAGCAGAAAAUGCUACUCAGGAAAUUGCUGUUGGGGGGAGCUUCGGCUUCCCGGCGUCUCCUAUUCAAUAAGCCUCCGCCAGCGUCGCGAUUACCAUUGGCUUCCGGACGUAUGCGAUUCUUCUCUUCUUCUACGCAAUCGGAGGGGCCGAAUGAUGGUUUUGUGACCGGUCAGGAAGGCGGCGAUGAGCAGCCGGCUGCUACCAUCACUGUCGAUCGUUCCGGCCUCUACCAUCCACCUGAGCAUUCUCAUGAACCCACCACGGAGAGUGAGCUGGUUAAGCACCUUAAAGGCAUUAUCAAGUUUAGAGGCGGACCAAUCUCAGUGGCAGAGUAUAUGGAAGAAGUUUUGACGAACCCUAAAUUUGGCUUCUAUAUCAACCGAGAUGUAUUUGGAGCAGAGGGUGAUUUCAUAACCUCUCCUGAAGUCAGCCAGAUGUUUGGGGAGAUGAUUGGUGUCUGGGUUAUGUGUUUGUGGGAACAAAUGGGACAACCCAAGAAAGUGAACUUAGUUGAACUGGGACCAGGAAGAGGAACUCUCAUGGCUGAUCUUUUGCGGGGCACAGCAAAAUUCAAGAGCUUCAGGGACUCGAUGCAUAUUCACAUGGUAGAGUGCAGUCCAGUGUUACAGAAGCUUCAGCAUCAGAACCUAAAAUGUGAGAAAGUUUGCAAUGCAGAUGAAAAUGGAGAAAAAAGCUCAGUUACAUCGAUCACAGGAAGUCCUGUAACAUGGUAUUCUUCACUGGAGCAGGUGCCAUCUGGAUCACCAACAAUCAUCCUUGCACACGAGUUCUAUGAUGCUCUACCUAUUCACCAGUUUCAGAGGUCUUCUCGCGGCUGGUCUGAGAAAAUGGUUGACGUGGGAGAAGAUUCAAAGUUGCGCUUUGUUCUGUCCCCUCAGCCAACACCAGCCACUCUUUACCUAAUGAAGCGAUGCAAGUGGGCCACUGAGAAAGAAGUAGAGAGUCUUAAACAAAUUGAGAUUUGCCCGAAGGCAAUUGAUCUGACUCAUAAAAUUGCACAGAGAAUAAGUUCUGAUGGAGGUGGUGCCCUCAUAAUUGACUACGGCCUCAACGGAGUGGUCUCAGAUAGUCUGCAGGCGAUCCGGAAGCAUAAGUUUGUCAGCAUCCUUGACGACCCUGGGUCUGCUGAUCUCAGUGCUUAUGUCGAUUUUCCUUCCCUCAAGCACACCGCAGAGGAAGCUUCAGACAAUGUAGCUGUCCAUGGCCCUCUUACUCAGUCUCAGUUACUUGGUUUACUGGGGAUAAACUUCCGAGUGGAAGCAUUACUAGAGAACUGCACAGACGAACAAGCUGAUUCCUUAAGGACAGGAUACUGGCGCCUUGUCGGUGAAGGGGAAGCCCCGUUCUGGGAAGGGCCAGAUGAACUAGCACCAGUCGGGAUGGGUACGAGGUACCUGGCAAUGGCAAUAGUGAACAAGAAGCAAGGCGCGCCUGUUCCAUUCCAGUAGCUUUCUCAAAGCGCUUUUACAAUUGAGUAGUGUGGAAUUCACGAACUUUAUCAGCAGGAUUGGAGAAGAACUCAGACAUUUUGCAGUCCUUGUGGGAGAAGGAUUGAAGAAGAAGAAGAAGAAGAAGAAGAAGAAGAAGAAGAAGAGGGUUUACCCGGCCUGAACGUUUCGAGUUUCGUUUGUUUGUUUUGCUUCCGCUUUUGAUAAGAACAAUGCCGUUUGUGAAUGGAGGGUUAGCCGUUAAGCUACAGCGAUUAGCAUUUGUAAUAGCCAGUGAAACUUGGAGACUCUGUAAUCUUGUUAAGCUAUUUCUAACACAGAAUAAAUAGAAAAAAACUCUUAAAUUUGUCGAUGAUUGUGUGUUAGUCUUUUGUAAUUCACACACACCACAACCGCUCAUUUUUCUCACCUCGAGCAUAUUUGACAAUCAUUCAUCUCACAGUCACAUACCCUUGCUCAAUUUUGAAUGAUAAAAACAAAAGAUGAACUAGGGUCAAAGAUUUUUCCCCCCUUGUUCAUCAUCUUAAUUAUUCGAUGAACCCUUUAUUUUCUCUCUAUAUAUUUGCUUGCGUGAGGAGAUAUAAUGACUUCUCUCUGAUUGCAGCCUUCUGCAUCACAUUCUCGAACUAUAGAGAGGAUUAGAGGAAUGGAAGGACUAGGGGAGAUCGUAGUGGGGUUCCAACUUCCAAGCCACCAUCAUUGUUUUUCCACUCUUCUUCUUCUUCUUCUUCUCCUUCUUCUUCUUCUUCUUCUUCUUCUUCUUCUUGUAUUGUCAACUAAUUAAAUGGCUCCAACUUAUCCUUUGUGAGGUUGGACAAACCUAUACGUAUGGUGUACAUAUAUAGGACUAGGAGUAGACUAAAUUGAAUGGAUCGUAUGUAUUUGCAAAUGUGUAUGGUCACUGCUAUAUGUCAAGUGGGGGGGAAAGAAAUGGAAUGGAUGCAUACCAAAAACCAAAAGCAUAGCUAUGCCAAAGUGCCAGAGUUCCAUAACUAACGCAUAAGUGUUAUUAAGGUACGUGUACUCCUUACUUACGUAUUUAAUGAAUAGAAAUUGUUAACUUUACCAUUGUUAAUUUUACAAUUGUUCAUAUAUUUAAUGAAUGGAAGUUGUUAACACGUUUAAAACCCGUAUAACACGUUUAAUACCGUAUUUAAUGAAUAGAAAUUGUUAAC